AUGUCUGCCAAAGCCAUCUCUGAACAGACGGGGAAGGAGUUCCUCUACAAGUACAUCAGCCCGGCGGCGGCGGUCCAGAACAGGUUCCGCUACGCCAGCGUGACGGCCGAGACGGACUUCGACCGCCUGGCCCAGGAGCACCCAUGGCUGCUCACAGAGAAACUGGUUGUGAAGCCGGAUCAGCUGAUCAAGAGGCGAGGGAAGCUGGGUCUGGUUGGAGUCAACCUGGAUCUGAACGGAGUCAAAGAGUGGCUCAAACCCCGCCUCAUGAAGGAGACCAUGGUGGGAAAAGCCAAAGGCAUCCUGAAGAAUUUCCUUAUUGAGCCAUUUGUCCCCCACAAACAGACAGAGGAGUUCUAUGUGUGCAUCUACGCCACCCGGGAGGGGGACUAUGUGCUGUUUCACCACGAGGGGGGGGUGGAUGUCGGAGACGUGGACGCCAAGGCACAGAAGCUGCUAAUUGGGGUGGAUGAAAAGAUCAGCGAAGACCAGGUCAAGAAAGAACUGCUGACCAAGGCUCCCAACGACAAGAAAGCGGUUCUGGCCAGUUUCAUUGUUGGACUCUUCAACCUGUAUGAGGACCUCUUCUUCACAUACCUGGAGAUCAACCCUCUGGUGGUCACAAAAGAUGGCGCGUUCGUCCUGGACAUGGCGGCAAAGAUCGAUGCGACAGCUGACUACAUCUGCAAGUCUAAGUGGGGUGAUGUUGAGUUCCCUCCUCCCUUUGGAAGGGAGGCCUAUCCGGAGGAGGCCUACAUUGCUGACCUCGACGCUAAGAGUGGCGCCAGCCUCAAGUUGACCCUGCUCAAUCCUCGAGGCCGAAUCUGGACCAUGGUAGCUGGAGGGGGCGCCUCAGUGGUCUACAGUGACACAAUCUGCGACCUGGGUGGGGUCGAUGAGCUGGCCAAUUAUGGGGAAUAUUCCGGAGCACCGAGCGAACAGCAGACGUACGACUACGCCAAGACCAUCCUUUCUCUGAUGACACGAGAGAAGCACCCUGAUGGGAAGGUUCUGAUCAUUGGAGGAAGCAUCGCAAACUUCACGAAUGUGGCAGCAACGUUUAAGGGAAUUGUGCGAGCCAUCAGAGACUAUCAGGAGCCUCUGAAGGAGCAUGAAGUCACCAUUUUUGUCCGCCGUGGAGGUCCAAACUACCAAGAAGGUCUCAGAGUGAUGGGAGAAGUAGGAAAAACCACGGGGAUCCCGAUCCAUGUUUUUGGCACAGAAACCCACAUGACUGCCAUCGUUGGCAUGGCUCUGGGGCACAGGCCAAUCCCCAACCAGCCUCCUGUCGCUGCCCACACCGCCAACUUCCUCCUCAACUCCAGCAGCAGCGCUUCGACCCCAACAUCCAGGAGAAAAGCCCCUCUCUCUGAGAACAAAAGCAGAGUAGAGGGCUCACCUACCAAGAAGGUUAAAACUGGAGCUUCCGUUGCCAAGGCAACUACCCUCUUCAGCAAACACACAAAGGCCUUAGUGUGGGGCAUGCAGACCCGGGCUGUGCAGGGCAUGCUGGACUUUGACUACGUCUGCUCCAGAGAAGAGCCGUCCGUCUCCGCUAUGAUCUACCCGUUCACCGGCGACCACAAACAGAAGUUCUACUGGGGACAUAAAGAGAUCCUCAUCCCGGUCUAUAAGAACAUGGGGGAUGCCAUGAAGAAGCAUCCCGAUGUGGAUGUGCUCAUCAACUUUGCCUCAUUGCGCUCGGCCUUUGAGAGCACCCUGGAGACCAUGCAGUACCCACAGAUUCACACCAUUGCCAUCAUCGCUGAGGGAAUCCCUGAAGCUCAUACCAGGAAGAUCAUCAAGGCCGCAGAUGAGAAGGGCGUCACCAUCAUUGGCCCUGCAACGGUUGGGGGAAUCAAACCGGGCUGUUUCAAGAUCGGAAACACGGGGGGCAUGCUGGACAACAUCCUGGCCUCUAAGCUGUAUCGUCCGGGCAGCGUGGCCUACGUGUCCCGUUCGGGCGGCAUGUCCAACGAACUCAACAACAUCAUUUCCCGCACCACCGAUGGCGUUUUCGAGGGCGUGGCCAUCGGAGGGGACAGAUACCCCGGCUCUGUGUUUACCGACCACGUGCUGCGUUACCAAGACACUCCUGGAGUGAAGAUGAUUGUUGUGCUGGGAGAGAUCGGCGGGACAGAGGAAUAUAAGAUCUGCCAGGCUAUUAAACAAGGAAGAAUCACAAAGCCAGUGGUGUGCUGGUGCAUUGGCACCUGCGCCACCAUGUUCACCUCGGAGGUUCAAUUUGGUCAUGCAGGGGCUUGUGCCAACCAGGCCGCUGAAACAGCGGUAGCCAAAAACAACGCUCUGAAGGAGGCUGGUGCCUAUGUCCCCAAGAGCUUUGAUGAGCUGGGAGAGGUCAUCAGGUCUGUGUAUGAUGACCUUGUUGCUAAAGGAGUUAUUCAGCCAGCUGAAGAGGUGCCUGCCCCCACCGUACCAAUGGAUUACUCCUGGGCUCGAGAACUGGGUCUGAUUCGUAAACCAGCCUCCUUCAUGACCAGCAUCUGUGACGAGAGAGGCCAGGAGCUGAUCUACGCUGGCAUGCCCAUCACUGAGGUCUUCAAGUCAGAAAUAGGCCUGGGAGGAACUCUGGGGCUGCUCUGGUUCCAGCGGAGGCUACCGAGGUAUGCCUGCCAGUUCAUUGAGAUGUGCCUGAUGGUGACUGCAGACCAUGGCCCCGCCGUCUCCGGUGCACACAACACGAUUGUCUGUGCCCGGGCUGGCAAAGACCUCAUCUCCAGCCUCACCUCCGGCCUCCUCACCAUAGGCGACCGCUUCGGAGGGGCCCUGGAUGCUGCGGCAAAGCAGUUCAGCAAGGCGUUUGAUAGCGGCAUGCUCCCCAUGGAGUUCGUCAACAAGAUGAAGAAGGAUGGCAAGCUGAUCAUGGGCAUUGGACACAGAGUCAAGUCGAUUAACAAUCCGGACAUGAGAGUCCAGAUCUUAAAGGACUUUGUGAAGCAGUACUUCCCUUCCUCCCAGCUGCUGGACUAUGCUCUAGAAGUAGAGAAGAUCACCACCUCUAAAAAACCCAACCUGAUUCUGAACGUGGACGGCCUCAUUGGCGUGGCCUUCGUAGACUUGCUCAGAACGUGUGGUGGAUUUACACGGGACGAGGCUGAUGAGUUUGUGGAAAUUGGUGCCCUGAACGGCAUCUUUGUCCUGGGACGUAGCAUGGGAUUUAUUGGUCACUACCUGGACCAGAAGAGGCUGAAGCAGGGCCUGUAUCGCCACCCCUGGGAUGACAUCUCCUAUGUGCUUCCAGAGCACAUGUCUAUGUAA